CCAGCUAUCAACCUCUUACGAGCUCCAUUAGCGCGCGGUUCGGUUCGAAUCGGUUUGGUUAUUCCAUAUUCCACGUCCAACUGUUAUCGAAGCCAAGAGGCUGAGUAAUGUGAUUGAUCACUGUGGCAGUGCUGCAACUUGCAAUUGAGUGGAAAAAUAAUUAGAAAAGUAAAAGUGGAAAAGCUGAAAAGUGAAGUAUGUGGCCAGUGGUGGCCGGUGGAGUGACCACGUUCCAGCGGCUUCUGCCCGGGAAAGUGCAAUACAAUAGAUUCGCCACUCGCGAAGCUUAGAUAAAAUGAUAAUGGCCCAAGGCUGAUUUGUAUAUGAAAGCGUGAAUGAUAAUGCCCAGUGUAUAUUCCUUACAUAACAAUUGAAUUGGUUUAUUAGCAUACAAAUGAAAUAGUGAAACACAGAAAUUGAUUGAUUUAAAGCUCCAUUAAUUGAUCACUUUACAUGCAAAUAUAGGAUUUGGAUUUUAUACAACUAUCGAAGUUAACGGCCUCAAAAUGCCCGGGGGCAACAGCAACAUCAUCAUCACCAGCAUCUGCAGCAGCAACAUCUUGGCCGGCUGCUACUUGAAUAGCCAAGAACGUGAUCACUUUCUGGCCAAGAUCAGAGCAAGUCAACGCCAUGGCGAUGUCACCUGUCUUGGAUGCGGCUGCCAAAGCCACUGGCCGUGAUCUCAACGGCAAUGCAGCAGCAGCAACAGCACCAACAGCAACAGCAACACGAACAGCAACAACACCGCGAAAAACGAAAAAGACAAUUAUCAAUUGGCUGGUGAAUAGUGACAGUGAGAACAACAAUCGGGUGACGUGCGAUAAGGCCAGCAGAGAUAAUCCAAAUCCGAAUCAAAAUCCGAAUAGCGAAGCAAAUUGCACCUGUGAAACGCGAGCAUUUCGAGACUUCCGGGGUGUGCAAACCUUGCGAUUGCUGUGGAGCAAGCGCAUCAAAAGUGCCAGCGAGGAUCACAGUCACUGCCAUUCCAGCACCAACCCAUCCUCCACCUCGCUGGGCACUUUGAAGAAGUUAAAUAAGAGUGUUAGUUGCCUGGUCAACGCGUUUAAUAACUCACGCGAGUGCUCGACGCCGGAAAAGUCGCUAGCAAAACGCGCGGCCAGCUUGCACAAUUUGCAGGACUCGCAGACGAAGCACCAGCACUUGCAGCGGGACAAGGACAACUUCUACAAGUACAAAAACGCCGAACAGGCCAGAAUGCAGGCCAAGUUGAGGAACAACGCCGAUGAGGCGAUUACAAACGCCAGCGAAAGGCGGGCGAAACGUGACGACAGCGGUUUGGCUGCAGUCAAAACGUAUACCACGGAAACCUUAUCAGCCGAAGAUAAGGUUGGAAAAGUGGAAAGGGGGGAAAGCAACGAUGAGGAGGAAAAGGUGGAACUGCGAGCCAAACGGGAGCGUAAUCGCCUUGAAGGUUUCAGUCUCAGCGCGGCGAGCGCCCAAAGUGGCGGCAGCAGCGAAUCACUUCAAACCACAACCACCACCUCCUCCGCGACCACCACCCACAGCCCGGUGACGUCAACGACAAGUCGGUCAGGCGGACGUCGCAAAUAUAGCUUUAAAACGCAUGCUGGGAAGUCAUAUCAUCAGCAUCAUCACUCGAUGCGCAGGAUAAGCAAUAUGGAUGCGCAUGACUCAUCCAGUGGUGGCAUCAGUCUGGUGGCCAAGCUCACCCACCAAUUCAACGAGAUUAUCCAGAAGGACGCUCGAGUCCUGCAGCAGGUCAAGCGGAAUAAUGGGGUUUGGCUAUCACGCGGAACCCAUGUCUACAAGAUCGUGGAGAAACCCAGUUCAGAGGGAAAAGUCAUGCCGAAUGCCGAGGAAAGUCUCAUCUCGAAUGUUCAGCGCAAUAUCAAGAAGUUCGAGAGGCUGGAGAAACCCAGUGUACCGCUGAAGAGUGAACAGCUGAUGCGGAAGCAUAUCGAACUGAUGAGGACCAGCAAUCUUCCGCGGGGUCCGCGAACCAAACGAAAUCUCAAGCUACCACCAGGCAGUGUGGUCGCACCAGAACUGGCAAUGGUCAGGGAGGAACUGAAGCCAACUGCACCUGAAGAGCCAGCUAAGCAACCAAAAUCAGCCAAGAGUGAAUCACUGCCCAAUAGCAAUCACCAAGAACUGAAUCAGACGGAUGUCAGACCCAGUGAUGAGCUGGAUUCCAUUUUGGGGGAGGAGGAAACGGAGGAGGAUCUACGUCAGAAGCAGCGGAAGCACAAGUAUGCCUCGAUAUAUGAGAAACUCCGAUUUACUUUCGCGAAAGGGAGGAAAUCAGCGAGUCCGUCACCCACGAAGGGCAGAUCCCGGGAAGAAAUCACCAUACAGGAGGAAGUUCUCACAGAGAUCGCAGCCCAGGAUAUUGCUACAAAGGAACAGGCUACCAAAGAAGAGGUUACCAGAACGGAAGUGCUAACAUUGGACAUUCCCAAAGAGGUAACCCCCGGAGCAGAUGAUUUGGAAGAUCCCUCACCUGCCCUGCUUAUCUCGCCCUGCAUUGAGGCCGAUGCCAAGAUUCUAGAUGCCCUUGAGGCACUAGACCAAAAGCUCAAGGUUCUCAACCCCCCAAACGAAGACGGGGAACGUGAACUCCUUCUGGCUGCUAACGAUGACUUCGAGCAGCGCAUCCUGCCCAACAACUCCUUCGUCUACCAGGCAGCCAACAAGCAGAUCUCCAACAAUCAAAUCCUGCUCAACCAGGCGGUAAAUGUUACCCUAGUUAAUGCCAUCGAGGGCGAGCAGAUGAUCAUGGAGCAGAAGCAACUGAUGAAGGUCAAGGAGCUGGAACUCAAGGAGGGGGCGAAAAAGAUGGAAGAGAGUUUAGACCCCGAAUCCAUAUACGAACCCAUCACACCUGUCAUUAAUGAAACCAAGACUGAAACCCAGACUUCCAGCCUGUUCAAGAUAUCCACCAAGAAGUCGGAGAUUGUGGAGGAUAUAUACCAAACGGUGGAGGAGGCAGCCACUCCCAAGGUCAAGCCGAAUAUCUGGCUGGAGGGCUAUGAAUCCAUUGCUGGAUCCAAGGAGGCGUGUACAUCGGGCUACGAUGGCUACGAGUCCUUUGCCCAAGAGGAAGUGAUUGUUACAGCCACCACUCCCACAGGCACUGGCACUUUGGGUCGGAAUACCCGCGAUGAGCUGCCGGAACUGCCAAAGCCCAAGAGAGUACUUAACAAAUCCCCAAUACCUUUGCGUCCAGCUCCUCCCAAACCAGAAACCAAAGAGUCCGAGGAGGAUGAGAAUAUAUACGAUACCAUCAAGGGUUGUUACGAGUCCAUGCACUGCAAGGUCACAUCUUCCUCCUCCAGCGGUGAAGCUACUCUCACCACAGAUGCCAUUUCCCUGACUUCCAACUGCUAUGAGAGUAUCACCCACUUCCGGAAAACUAGAGCAGUGACGGGUCAGCAUCAGGGAACUGCGGGCAAUUGCAUCCAACUAUCCAGCAGUGGCUCUACGUUAACCAUCUCCUCAGAUCACAAGACCAACAGUCUCUAUGAAUCUUCUCUGGCUGCCAACGGAUGUGUGGUCUAUGGAAGUGCCAGUGUGGGAUGCCGAUCCUCCUUGGGCAGCAGUGCUGGUAGCCGGGACAGCGGAAAGCCUGGAGAUAAGAGAUCCUCAAUAGCGGGUUCCAGUGACAACAGCGAUGCCUGGGUGGACAUUUCGGAUGGCGAGAUUGGCCAGGCGGCAAUGGAGGCGACGCCGAAUGAGGCUCAGUUCAUUGUUGUUCGGGAAAGGUUUAAGCCGCAUCGCACUAGAAGUCCGGAUUGGUCGAAACGCAUCAGAGACAAAAGACUGCAACAAAAGAAGGCCAUAAGCUGCAUAGAGGAUGACUCAGACCACUACUACGAGACCCUGUCGCCACUCGGAAACAAACGCCAUUCGACCCAGCUGGUGCGCCAUAGCCAGGAAGCAGGUCGGAGCAGUGGAGUGCGCUCCUCGCACCGCCGAAGCAAGAGUCAUUCGGCAUCCGCCCACGCGCUGGGCGAGCACGUAGUGAUCUCGGAUGACUAUGACUCCUUCGAGACGGAUAGCGACGAUCACGGCGAUGGUGAGCCCGACCAGCGGCUAAGAAACCAAAACGACAGCGGCGUGGAUAUGCGCAACCAUCGCCUGCCUAAGCCACCUCCUCCCCAAAACCAGGUGUACGAGUUCGUGCGCAAGUUUAAGGACUUCAUCUCCAGCAAGAAAUCUCCCAAAGGCAGCCAGCAGAAGUUGUACGAGAAUACACCGGCGGCCACUCAGUUUUAUGUGGAAGGCGGAAAACGGACGGAGGAGGUGUACGAAAACACCGAUUACGGAGCGGAACGGAAUCCUUCCUCCAAAAGUCACCAGGAGCAAGCUCCGGUACUGAGGGCCAAACAGAAGAACGGUAAAAGCCUACGCUCCCGGCUUCGUAAGAGCUUGGUCGGCUCCAGCUUCGAUACCAAGCAACUCUCCUCGCUGUCGGCCACACGUAGUACCUUCUACGUGGAGGACCCUGAGGGCUCACUGCCCGCCUUGCCAUUAGAGCUAGAGAUCCACGGUUCCGGGGAACUAGACUCGGGGUUCUCCGAGAAGAACUGCACACCCACGGCGGAGUCCCAAAAGUUCUCCACUGUAGCUCGCAAAGCCAAGAAAGAAGCGAAGGCUGGCAGGCGUCGCACCACUAUCGGACUGCGACCCCAUGAACCUCCUCCCCCUCCACCUCCAAUAAACGGCAAUAAAACGCCCACGGAUCCGGAUCGCGAGCAAGAUUCUGGCCGAGCCACCUCCUGGUAUGCCGAAUGUGGCGUCUUCAAGCAGACCACUAACUCGCCUACGUGUCCGAGGGGCGAUGAACCGAUCACACCCACGCCCAGUGGCCAUGGAGGUGUUAGCUCUUGGUAUGCAGAAUCAGGUCUUUACCAAACCAGCGGUGUCUCAGUGGCCAGCUCCAGCGGCAGCUCAGGCGUCUCCACCGGCAAUGAAGCGGGCCUGGGCGACGAACUGUCCUCGGAGCCACACAGUCUGUUUUCCAACGAACCACUCUACCAGAUGUACAGCGCCGCCAAGCUGGAGUCGAUUACACGCGACCUGGAGGCGCAUGGAUCUUCGGAUGGAUACGAGGAGAUUGGACAACACGCCAAAGCGAAGCCAGAGCCGCAGGUCAAGCCACGCCCCACGGCCCUGCAGCUGGUGGAGCCAAAGAACGGACCAUCGAGGACCUUGUGGAGCGAAAUCCCGGAGGUUAUACACUCUUGCAUACUGCCUACCUUAACCAGCAGGGAGCGCAGUCUGCAGGAGGCCAAGUUCGAGAUCAUCACGUCUGAGGCCAGUUACCUAAAAUCGCUGAACCUGCUGCGCCGGCACUUCAUGAACCACAGUGCCUUCAUGGACACGUCCGUGCUGAGUGCUAAAGAUCGGAAAGCGCUCUUCUCCUACAUUGUACCAGUGCACGAGUGCUCAGAGCGGUUGCUUACGGAACUGGAAGCCUGCUGGCAGGACAAUAUCAUGUUGCUGGGACUGAGUCGCUGUAUCUAUGAAAUCGCCGAACGACACUUCCACGUUUACGUGGCCUUUUGUGAGCACCAGGGAAGGAUGGACAGAACCCUACGCCGGCUAAAGGAGUCUAAAGAGUCCUUGGCCUUCCAGCAGCAACUCGAGCGGCUGGAGACGAGUCCCAGCUGCUGCGGCCUUAAUCUGCACUCGUUCCUGAUGCUGCCAAUGCAGAGGAUCACCCGCUUGCCGCUUCUGAUCGAUGCAGUAUUCAGCAAAGAGUCGCCAUUGAAUCGCGAGGAGUACGAGGGCUGGAAGCUGACGCUCGCUCUUGUCCAGAAAAUAGUAGGCCAGUGCAAUGAGGCGGCCAAUCGUUGGGAGCAGGCCUUCGAGCUGGAGCGAAUUGCCCGCCAAUUGGAGUUUCCUUCCCACGUGCGAGCCUUGGCCAUUGCCCCGGUGGGCGUGCCUCGGGCUGGAGCCAAGCCGCGUUAUCUCGUCAAGCGUGGUGAACUGACCCACCUGAUGUGGCGCGGCGAAGACGCCAAGUUGACCUUUGGCAAACGCCUAACCAAGGCAAGCAUCUACGCUUUCCUCUUUUCGGAUCUUCUAUUGCUGUGCAAGCGGCGCGGAGAGUCCAGCUUCAGCGUCUUCGAUUAUUGUCCCAGAAGCAUGCUCACCCUCGCCGCUGGCGACACUCUGCCCCAGCUGCCUACCAAGGACCUCAAGGAUCAGGCCGGAAAGAACUUAAUCUUGAUGACCCUACUCGAGAACAGCGACCGCAAGACCGUCGAAUUGGUGCUGUCCUGCCCAUCGGUUUCCGAUCAGCAACGCUGGCUGCAGGCCAUGAGACCGCCGGAAGCGGAGACGCCCGGGGAGAAGCUAUACGAAUCCUGGGACUGUCCUCAGGUGGUGGCCAAGCACAGCUACGAAUCCGACGAGCCAGACGUCCUCCAACUAGAAUUGGGCGAUGUCGUCAAUGUAUCCCGAAAGCUGCCUGACGGCUGGUACCAGGGCGAAAGGAUCCGAGAUGGUGCCGUCGGCUGGUUUCCCGGAAGCUACACCGAGGAGCUAAACUCGGCCCACGUCCGCGCCCGCAACCUGAAGCAGCGGCACCGCCUGCUCACCUUCACGGCCACCUACCUGGAGUCGCAGAAAGGCAAGUGACUUCCGGCUGCUCCUGGAGGUCGCCUUAAACGAUGAGCACGCGAGGAACGCCAACUCCAUAGUCCAAAACCAACUCUAAGUGAACUACCAUAAAUAGCCCUACACUUUAGGAAAUGUGAUAAUUAUUUAAAUCGAUGUUAAUGUUGAUGAUUCCGGAAUAUUCAAAUAAUUUCUUUCCCUACCGCGUAAGCUAUAGCUAGUACUUGUAUUUAUGUAUAACCGUUUAGUAAUGCGUAAGCAAAGUCUUGAUAAACAAAAAUAUAAAUAAAAUAAAACAAUUUUAAAAAUUAUAAAGUUAA